ACACUUCUCACUGGUCUCCUGCUUCCCUGAGCAGGGCAUCGGAAGGAGCUAUGGAUCCUGCAGCACUGGUGGAAGCGAUGGUGGAAGAAGUGGCCUGUCCCAUCUGCAUGGCCUUCCUGAGGGAGCCCGUGAGCAUCGAAUGUGGCCACACCUUCUGCCACAGCUGUCUAUCCAGACUCUGGGAGGUUCCAGGGGAAUCCCAAGAAGCGGACUGCACCUGUCCUCUCUGCCGAGCUCCUGUCCAGUCAGGGAGCCUGCGACCCAACUGGCAGUUGGCCAGUGUUGUAGACAAAGUCCGCCUGCUAGGGCUACAUCCAGGAUUGGGGCUCAAGGGUGACACGUGUGAGCCUCACGGGGAGCAGCUAAAGAUGUUCUGCAAAGAGGAUAGCCUGAUGAUGUGUGAGAUCUGCAGCCAGGCCCCAGAACAUGAAGCCCACUGUGUUGUGCCCAUAGAGGAUGUCGCUUGGGAAUAUAAGUGGAAACUCCACGAGGCUCUGGAACAUCUGAGGAAGGAACAGGAGGAAGCCUGGAAGCUGGAAGUCAGUGAGCGGAAGCAGGCUGCCGACUGGAAGAUACAGGUGAAAACCCAGAAGCAGAAUAUCAUGUGGGAAUUUGAGAAAUAUCAGCAGUUACUACAGGAGAAACAGCCACCAGGUCCCUGUCUGGAAGAGGAGUUAGCUGCAGCUCUGGCCAGCCUAGAGCAGGAGAAAGGGGAGACCAUGGAGAAACUGGAGCAGAAUUAUGAAAAGCUCACCCAGCAGAGCCGAGUCCUAGGGAGGAUGAUUGCGGAGCUGGAGGAGAGGGCUCAGAGGCCCAUCCGCUGGAUGCUGCUGGGUAUUCAGGAAGUCUUAAACAGGAGCAAGUCUUGGAGCCUUCAGAAGCCAGAACUGGUCUCCUUGGAGCUGCGGACGGGUCGCUGUGUGCCAGGGCUGAGAGAGAUCCUCAAGACAUAUGCAGCUGACGUGCGCUUGGAUCCAAAUACUGCUUACUCCUACCUCGUUGUGUCUGAGGAUAGGAAGCGCGUGCACUAUGGAGACACCAAACAGAAUGUGCCUGACAAUCCGGAGCGAUUUUACCGCUACAAUGUUGUCCUUGGCAGUCAGUGCCUCUCUUCUGGCCGGCACUACUGGGAGGUGGAGGUGGGAGACCGUUCUGAAUGGGGCCUGGGAGUGUGUAAGGAGAAUGUAGACCGGAAGGAGGAGGUCUACUUAUCCCCCGACUAUGGAUUCUGGGUGAUAAGGCUAAGGAAUGGAAAUGAGUACCGGGCAGGCACCAAUGAAUACCCUCUCCUCUCCUUGCCAGUCCCUCCACGCAGGGUGGGAGUCUUUCUGGAUUAUGAGGCUCAUGAUGUCUCCUUCUACAAUGUGACUGAUGGUGGCGCCCACAUUUUCACUUUCCCCCAUGCUUCCUUCCCGGGGCGCCUCUUGCCCUUUUUCAGUCCUUGCUACAGCAUUGGAGCCAAUAACAGUGCUCCCUUGGUGAUCUGCUCCCUGGAGAAAGAAGACUAAGGAAGCCACCAUCCUCAUCACAGCCUGCAGAGGUCCCAGAGGAGCCUGCCACUGGAGCCACACUGAGCCUAGAACCCAGGGAUCCCUCUGCCUGAACCAGUACUCUCUUGCUCCCAGGACCAAGUGUAGCACUAAAUCACACACAUAUGGAAUCUAAAUGAGCAUGGCACCCCCAUCAGGAGGAUGUGUCAGGGCUGGUGACAAGGAGCAGAGUGAUCCUUCAAUAACAUGUUGAUAUGAGACUCGAGGCUCUGUCCCUUCUGUAGCUCAUGUCCCUCAGGUUCCUCGCAAUUAAAUCAGAAAGGCUGGGGCAAUGGCUACAGUCUUCAGGAAACCUGGAUAAAGUUUACAACCAGCUGGAGGAGUGUCAUCCCUGCACUUGCUGAGGCCAGUAAGAGACUGCCACAGCGCAGAUUGCUGGGCAACCUGCAAAGGAGUCCACUCAGUUCUCUGUGCUCCUGGCUGGAGAAUUGCAGUGCAGCCCAGGCCCCCGGCUAUCAUCAGGAUAAGGCUAAGUGUCAGGUGCAAACAACUUGUGAGCCUUAGAUAUUAUUUUCAUUUUGUAGAAGAUCCUGAACUGACUGAUGAAGCAAGUCACUUCUUACAAAGCCUUUGAAGAUAAGUUUAUAAAGACACAAGGCACUUUCCACAUUGAAAUGAACAAAAUGAACAGAUUCACUUCCUAGGUUAUAUAUCUGCAUAUCAUUCAUGCCAUUGGGGUCUGAAAUAUCUCACAUGUUCAGCCAUAUUGAAUUAUCUUCAUUAGAAAAUAGAUGUAACAAAUCAGCAUAAAACAGCAUAGUUGCCUACCUCACCAUUGUGAAGAUCCCAGUUCCAUCCCAUACUUUGAUCCUAUCUCAGGAAUACAAGAAGGCAAACCAUGGAUUCUCCCUGUGGUAAAUUCCCCAGCAGCCUGGACACAGCCAGCAUCCUCAGGGCCUGUUCCUUAGGGCCUCUGAUCCUGAGCCCUUAGGUGC